CAAGAAGCGCCCGCCCCUCGUGCGGUGAUGUCACAUUCGGUUACGCCAUUUUUGUUAGGGAGCAGCUGCGUUCAGAAAGGCAGGAUUAGGUCUGCUGCAGGUACGUCUAACGGUACCUCGUUGAAUCAACUCGUCGACUUGUCUGUCAAACAGGACACCUGUUUGUACAUCACAACAAGACAAUGUCGUCAGAAAACCUCGACUCGGACACACAAGUGGACUACGAAGAUGAAAAACAGGACUCGCAGGAGAAGAAUGGAAACCCCGUGAAAACAGAAGAGGCCAAGCUGAAAGCCAAGUACCCCGGUCUGGGGCAGAAACCUGGAGGUUCAGACUUCUUGAUGAAGAGGCUACAGAAAGGGCAAAAAUAUUUCGACUCGGGUGACUACAACAUGGCCAAGGCCAAAAUGAAGAACAAGCAGCUUCCUGUGGCGGGACCGGACAAGAACCUGGUGACCGGAGACCACAUCCCCACGCCGCAGGAUCUACCGCAGAGGAAGUCGUCCUUGGUGACCAGCAAGCUAGCCGGCUAGCCUUCAUCCUCCACCGUCCCUGGGCCUCCUUCCCCACCCCCCUCAUAUCUUGGUUUUCACUGCUCCAAGAUGCAUUACAGUGGGUGUGUGUGUUAUCAGGCAGGGCGGGGGGGUAUGUUAAUGCACUUUGUAUUCUGUAUAGUAUGUAUUGUUCUCUUUUGCAUUCUGAAUGACACCAAAACGACGUGUUGUAGGGAGAUAGGAACCAUGGUCGCAACUCACUUCAGUCUAUCUGCACCAGACUUUGGAAAAAGUGUGUGAGUCAUAGUUUUCAGUCGGUGAGGGACGAGCUGGAUUUUAAUUCGCUCCAACAGAACUUGAUCAGCUGCUGCAGCUCAGCCAGAUGGGGAUUCGUCUUUCUUUCUCUCUAAAUACGCUGCAUGAUUGUAACAAAACACGAGGAGAACAUGUUUUAUUUUGAAGUGCAGCUUCCUUUUCCUUGUCCCAAAGUGUCCACAGUCAGACUUUCUCCUUUUUGCUUCCUGACAAUCCGUUCACGCACGCUCGCGUUAGCAUCCCCGGGCUCGGAGCUGGCCGAGCGUGGCCCUGUAUUUUAUUUAAAGACUGGAAGUCCUGCCAAGUGUCUGAGCUCAGACUUAGUUCAGUUGCUGUUUGGUUGCAUCAAGACGUGUGUUUACUGAGUCUGGAAGAUUUAUUGAGGAUGGAAGCGGCUCUCUGUGGGGGUUCUUCUCAUGCGAGCUUGUGAUUGGUGGAGAACUGGUCAACUCGUCCUGCGUUACACUCGAGGAUUUCAGUCCACCAAAUGUCUCCCAGCUGGGAUCAGACCCACAAUGUCACUUAGGAAAUGAUCUGACUCGUGUUCCAAUGAGUCAAACUGGAACCCGAGACGUGCAGAUUUCAUGCUCCUUGCUUGUGUUUGCUCAAUAAAGUUUUUCCGUACAUUUGUGGGACUGGCCAGAGUAAUUUUGAGAUCUGAUUGAGCGUGGGGGCAACAGCACCUUUCUCAGGCUUUCACAGGUUCAAGAACAUAAAUCGGUUCUCCAGUUCCCUGUGUCAUAAAUCUGUGGAGAGGGACGAGUCGGUUCUGUGAUGUGACUCAAUGAAGCGCCGAACUUUGAUCUGACGGGUGUUUGAAGGUAAACCGUUUGGACGAGAGCCGCUGGAUUUUAUUGGAGCCUUUUAUGAUGCUCAGUGACAUCAGGUGCGACGUGUGAGAUGUGAUCAUCUGUUACAUGAUUCAGAAACGGAUCGCCGUCUUUGGCUGUGGAGUACACCCCUACGUCUGCAGCUUCACCUUGAAAUGUGUCAAAUUUUCAGGAAGUGAAAGUCUCUUUUGUUUUUUUGUUUUCCUUUGGUGUUGGAAUGGAAUGCUUUUCUUUACUCCAGCGAUUGUAAAUAGAUCAACAGCAAACACGGAGCUGCUUCUCAAUGUGUUCACUGUCAGAGCCACGUCCGAUUCAAUGGUUCCUCUCUCCUCUCGGUUUAACACUACUUCUGCUGUAUCUGGGUGUAUCGCAGAGGCUCUGUGAAUCUGUAUCAUAUGAAAAUAAGUGUAAAUGCUGCUGAUUUAAAGACAAAUACAAAAGGUUACCCUGUAAAAAAAAAAAAUCUAUCUUCUUGAUUCUGUCAGCUCUUUUACUAGUGUCUCAAUCUCACAGUUCUGCAGCUCUUAUGUCAAUCUGCUUGGUUUGGGGCUGUUUAGUCAUAAAACUAUAUUUUAAAAAUACAUUUUUUCAAUCAAAUCUCUUAUUUUAAUAAGUUUUCUGAAAUGCUCACUUAACACUAUCAUUGAGAAAUAUGUUUUGGUGUAACAGCCAGCAAUUGGAACAAAGAUGUAUAUUAAAAAAAAGUAUUAAAAUGCUAUAAAACAAAAGUAAAGUACCUUCACUGCAUUAUUGGCUUUAAAGAUAAUGGGCAGUUGGUGAGGAAAUUACUCCAAACCUACUCCACAAAGUGUUUCUCAGCUGCAAUGAACACGUGCCAGAAUAUUAAAGGAAACAACAGUGUGCUCUAAAGUACUUUUUGUGCUGCUUUACCUUUUUUUUGUUUUGUUUUGUUUUUUUGCAAGAAAGUGUUUCUUAAUGGUGUUGCAUUUCAUCCCAUCUCAAAGUAACUGCAGGGAAAUGAGAGAAACCUUCCUUCUACAAAAAAAGAAGAGGGUUCACAUGAUUUAAAGGAGAAUACAGGAAUGAUUUUAAGACUAAAGAACAUACUGGGGUACUUGGAAUGUUUCACAUGUGUGGUAAAAAGCUGAGAGGAUUUUUGUCAGUAUUUGAAAUAAACUUUUACAUUAAUAUA